AUGGAGGCUUUCAGCAAAAUGAUCUUCAAACUGGAAGGAAAUGGUUUAUAUGAGGGCUUUCGCGUUCGCCACAAUGGAACUCAAGUGUCUCACUUACUAUUUGCGGAUGAUACCGUAGUAUUUUCAUCGGAUUUUGUUCAACAAAUUCACUACAUUAGUGCCUCCCUUAUUUGCUUUCGUCUGUGCUCGGGUUUAGGUAUCAAUGCUGCCAAGAGCACUGCUGUUGGAAUGGGCGAAACUCAUUUUCAACAACCUGUAGUUUCGAGUUUAGGGUGCACUAUCACGGAAUUCCCUAUACCUUACUUGGGAAUGCCAGACGGGGCCUCAUACAGAUGUAGAAGAAUUUGGGAUCCUGUCAUUGAAAAUUCCGAGGAAAGACUUCAAGGGUGGAUGGGCAGAUGCUUGACAUACGGAGGAAUAUUAAUAUUAAUAAAAUUCGUUCUUAGUGCAAUUACAAUCUUCAUGAUGUCGAUUUACUCAAUGCCAAAAUUUGUGGCGAAAAGACUAAACGGUAUUAUGCGAAACUUCUUGUGGAAAGGAACUUCAGAAGCUAAGAAGUACCCCUUGGUGGCUUGGAGAAAGGAUGUCAAAGUUCAAACAGGGGAUCAUGUACAAAGUGGGCAAAGGAAAUAG